CUUUCUUUUCCAUAGCCCUAGAGGCUUCAACCCACACUCCUCUUCUCUCGUUUCUUCUCCCGCAUCCGAUCCACCCGCCGGCGAUUUCCGCCUUCCCCCCGUUCUUACGCCGAGAUAUGAGCGAAGUAGGUUCUAAGCUUUUCGAGAGGAAGCAAGCUAGCUACAAAAAUCUGGAUGGGAGGUUUGAGAUCCACACGGAGAAGUACCAAGGGCAGCAGUACAGCCACAUAUAUUUCACUCGUCUCCACCACAUGAGGAAUCUUCUUUACUCGCUCGUUCCCAAGUGGAAGCCCAACCUUCCAGUUAAAACAGUUUUGGGGCUUGAAGAAGGGAAAGAAUGCAUAAUUGUUGGUACAAUAUACAAGCACAUGAAACUAAAGCCUUCUAUUCUUGAUGAAUAUGCCAAGGAGAGAUCUAAAGUUCCUCUUGUGAAACCUCACAAUUUUAUGCACCCUGAUGAUCAUCUUAUUUUGGAAGAUGAAAGUGGUAGGGUUGCACUUACUGGCAGUUUUCUUGACCCUUCAGCUUUUGUAACAGGAAUUGUUGUUGCACUACAUGGGAAGGAAACUAGUAAAGGUGAUUUUUUGGUUCAAGAUAUGCUGGAAGCUGGGAUACCUCCUCAAACCGAGCUGCCACUUAGUUCAAGAGAAGACAAGUAUGUUGUUUUUGUAUCAGGAUUGAGUAUUGGAAGCAGUGAAUUUAAUCCUCUCCAGUUCCAACUUCUCAUCGACCAUAUUACGGGUCAUUUAGGUGAUGAAAAUGAACAAAGCAUUGCAUCUCAAGUAGUUCGCCUUGUGGUUGCUGGAAAUUCAGUACAAAUUUCACAAGGACUUCUUAGUGGUCAUACAAUUGCUCCAAGAGAUCAAUCUGCUUCAGUUGAACCAAUAAAGGAGCUAGAUAUUUUGCUGAAUCAGCUUGCUGCAGCUAUGCCUGUUGAUAUAAUGCCAGGACUUGAUGAUCCAGCAAACUAUUCCUUACCACAACAGCCUCUAAACAGAUGCUUGUUUCCUGGAGCAUUUGCUUAUAACACAUUUCUGUCAUGCACAAAUCCUCAUCAGUUUGAGUUGGAUGGUGUUCUGUUUCUCGGAACAUCUGGCCAGAAUAUAGAUGAUCUAUUCAAAUAUUCGGAGGCCAAAAACAGGCUUGAAUUUUUAGAGAGGACAAUGCGAUGGAGGCAUCUUGUACCCACAGCUCCAAACACCGUUGGAUGCUAUCCUUUCACCGAUAGAGACCCUUUCCUCGUCGAAAGUUGUCCACAUGUAUACUUUGUUGGUAAUCAGGAAAAAUAUGAAACUGCAUUUAUGCAAGGGCCUGAGAAGCAAUUAGUGAGGCUUAUUUGUAUCCCAAAGUUUUGCCAGACCGGCAUUGCUGUUGCGCUUAAUCUGAGGAAUCUAGAAUGUCACACCCUUUCUUUCUCAACUAGCUUGGAUGUGUAACCAGGCAUUUCAAAUCGUCAGAAUGCUGAUAAGUUAAUUUGACUUCUGACACCAAGAAACUGAUGGUAUGAAGCUGUUUUCUUUCUUGCCAUACCAUGAUAUCGGUUAGUAAUGAUGUUUCAAGUAGCUUAUGUUCUAUCUUGUAUCAAGUGCAUCUGAAAUUUGGAAAUUUUUUAAUCCUGUAUGGUUGGAUGAGGAAAUCAUCAGUGGUUCAGUUUCUUAGCUUCGCCUGAAGAGAGUUUUCCUUGUAGAAAUUAUGUAGAUUGGUUUUGAAUAACAAGUCUAACUUAUGCAUACAAACACUUUAUGCUCAAUCAUUCCAUUUAAUCCUGGAUCACCAUCAGCUCU